AUGACAAUCCACUUUCUGGUCCUCAUCUCUGCUUUUUGGUCAUGUCUGCUUUGUUCUGUAACCUUCGAAGCCCAUGCUCAGAGAUCCUCUCUCCAUCAUCUGAUAAGUGAAGAUCUAUUCACUGCAAUCUUUUCACACAAGGAUGACAGUGCAUGCCCCGCCAAGGGCUUCUAUACAUAUCAUUCUUUCAUCAAAGCCACGAAAAGAUUUCCCACUUUUGGCAACACCGGAAAUAUAACUACACGCAAGCGGGAGAUUGCAGCAUUUCUCGCUCAAACUUCUCAUGAAACCACCGGAGGAUGGGCAACAGCACCCGACGGGCCAUAUGCUUGGGGUUAUUGCUUCAAAGACGAAGUCAAUCCUGGCAGCAAUUACUGCAACUCCACCAACAAGAAAUGGCCUUGCUACCCUGGCAAAUCUUACCAUGGAAGAGGACCCAUUCAACUAUCUUGGAACUAUAACUAUGGUCCGGCAAGCAAGGCCUUGGGGUUCAAUGGGCUUAAACAUCCGGAAAUAGUUUCCAACAAUUCCUUGGUUGCUUUCAAAACGGCUCUCUGGUUUUGGAUGACAAAGCAAAGCCCAAAACCUUCCUGUCACGACGUGAUGACGGGACGCUACGUACUCAAACAAGCCGACUUGGAAGCAAAUCGGACUGCUGGCUACGGCCUGGUGACUAACAUAAUCAAUGGUGGACUUGAAUGUGGCAUGCCCAACAACAGCCAGGUUAACGAUAGGAUAGGCUAUUUCAAGAGAUAUACCAAGCUUUUUAAUGUGGACACUGGACCUAAUUUAGACUGUGAGAACCAGAAACCCUUUUAA